AAAUCCGCCAAUGAGAUAAAGAUAUUUACAACAGAAAUCGUUCAGUAAUCCAAGUAAACUGGGUUAUCAAUUUUCACACACAUAUUAUAAAAGUCACAUGUGUAUGCCUCUUUCCAAGGAUAUGUAGGCUGUACAAACAUUACAAACAAAAAGACGCUUUGACUUAAACGAAUUUAGAAUGACAAGACAAGGACAAAGUAAAAAUGUAUCGUUAAUAUAUGGAGUUUAUUCUGUGAAGAAAGUGUUGCGAUAUGUUUAUAUAAAGAUAGCAAGAACACGAAGAACUUUCACUAAGUUCAUAUAUUUUAUCAUUUUCAUGUCUGCGUUUGUUUACUUAAAUUAUCGAUAUAAUCUUCCUGUCUUUCAUGUUUUCCGAAAUCCUAAUAUUAAUAAACCAUGCACUCUUCCAGUGUAUGAUAUAUAUGACCAUUCAGUGGACCAGUUUUUCUGGGACCAACAGGUCUUGCCAUGUGAAGGUUGGUUAGAUUUGUUGUAUGUUGAUUCCAAAGGAUAUAUUACAAUGAAUAAAACUGCCGUAAGUGUUUCUGGAUAUUCAGAUAUAAAAUGUGAAUAUCGAUAUAUACAACGGGUUUCGGAAUCAAAAAUUAAAUUCUCGUCUAAAAUGGAUUAUGUUCAACCUGCUUAUUUAGAUGGUGACUUUGUCCAUGCAGAAUGCUACGAUUCGAAUAGAAAACUACUAUACAAUAACUUGCAUAUGAAUAUUGAUAGUAAAAAUGUUUUAAAAAAUCGUAAACUGGCAGAAGAAACUAAAACGAAUCUAAGUGUAUAUAUCAUUGGUAUUGAUUCUCUAUCAAGACUUAUAGCAGAACGCAAAAUUCCGAAAACGUUAAACUUUUUACGAAAUAAUUUGAGUGCUUAUAUGUUUAAAGGAUAUACGCGAGUCGGUGAUGGUUCAUAUCCGAAUUUACUACCCUUGUUUACUGGAUUAAAAGCAUACGGCGAGGAACAUAAAGUGGGUGUAAACAACAUACAGUAUAUGUUUAACAAUUUUUCCGAGAAAGGUUGCAUAGAUAUGUACGCGGAGGACUGGGUACAGGUUGCCACUUUUGUUGACAUCUUUAGAAAACAACCGUCUCAUCAUUAUAUUCAGCCUCUGUUUCAGGCAAUUGAUAAAGUUAAAUCUAAUAGUUUGGCUAUUGAAUAUACCCUUAAGUUUUUACAACAUCAUAAUAUUCCACUCGGUAAUACUUCUCCUAUGUGUUUUGGUAAUGUUUAUAAGUAUCAAUUAAUAUUACAAUAUUUUAAGCGUUUUUUAGAUAAUUAUGAAUUGAAAAGAAAAUUUGCAUUUGCUUGGACAAAUGAAAUCGGUCACGACUUUCUAAACAUGGUAGGCUUGGCUGAUAAUGAUUACCUAGAAUUCUUUAAAUGGAUGAAGGAAUCAAAGAAACUUGAUAAUGCCAUCAUGAUAUUUAUGAGCGACCAUGGACCUCGAUAUAGUGAAAUUCAAAAUACAGAAGUUGGUCGAAUUUCCAAUUUACUACCUCUUUUUACCAUUGUUUUACCAGAUCACAUUAAAUCAAGAUUUAACCACAUUCACAAGAAUUUGAAAAUAAAUACAGAGAGAAUGACAACUGCUUUUGACGUGUAUGAAACUCUGAAAGAUAUACUGCAUGGAGAUUUUCAAAAGAAAAAUAGUUUGUCAGAUUUUAAAAAGUUGCCUCGAGGAAUAAGCUUGUUCCGUGAAAUUCCAUCGUCUAGAAGUUGCAUAGAUGCUGAUAUUUCUGAACAUUACUGUCCCUGUUAUAAAACAAAAAAUGUUCCAAUACAGGACGAGCGUGUAGUAGAUUCAGUCCAUGCUGUUGUGGAUAAAAUCAAUGAUAUUUUAGAAGCAGUAAAAUCAAAAUGUGCCAAAGUAGUAAUACAAUCUGUUCGUAGUGCGAGAUCAGUUUUUUCAGACAUGGUGCGUGAUACAGAAAAAGAGCGAUCCUUUUCUUUCCGCAGUUAUUUGUGGAAUAUUGCCGAACAAACUCGACUUCGUAUAACUUUUUGGACAAAUCCAGGUAAUGCUUUAUAUGAAGCAACAGUGCAAUUCAACGAUAAAAACAAUAUUAAAAUUCUUGGUGAUAUCAAUCGUAUUAAUAAGUAUGGGAACCAAUCAGCUUGUCUUAGAAUAGGCCAGGUGCGCGAUAGAGUUCGAGAACUUUAUUGUUAUUGCAUAUAAUAUACAAUGGUGCCAAAUAUUACCCGUAAUGGAUUGCCUAAUAGAAAAGGGUUCAUAAGAAAAACUAUCCUGUAUGCGCCAUCUGAAAAUAUUUUCAAUGGAGGCUUAUAUGGUUAAACUUAUAAAAGAAAAUGAUUAUUAAGAAUGUCGUUAUAAAAGAGCUGUAGUGAUAUUCGAGUCUCAUACUCAAACUAAAAACUAGUACCUGAAGUUUAAUCAUUUCAUCGAACACUGAACAAAAUAUCCACAUCAUAUAAAAUGACUAUGUAUGUCUUAUAAGUUCAGUCGGAUAUACUACAUGUGAAAUUGCAAUAUUAUAACAAACUGCAUCAACGGGUACACGACCAAUAAUUUUUCAUUUUUUAAAAGAAUAUUUUUGUACAAUGUUAAAAAGUAUUUUUAAAGCUUAUCAUUUAUAGAUCUACUCUUGUUAUAUUCAAACGCCGGUUCACCGCACAUUUUUGGCCCAUACAACAAACAACUUGCUAUACGUUUAUUUCUUUAAAAACAAGGUUUACGUCUAAAAAUCACAAUCUUGGAGGCACUUAUUAAGAGCAUGUGCCAAAAAUUACAAAAUAUAUACGGUAGUCAUUUAAGUUUUUAUAUAAGGUUUUGGUCAGUUCAAUAUUAGAGGUCGAUCAGCAAUUAGAUGUUACAAAAUCGUGAUAGUUGCUAAAUCUACGCAAUAUUAAG